UGACUGAGUUGGUUAGCCGCUAUGAACAAAAACCCUUUCACUUUGCCUUCUUCUUCCACUCUCACUCUCUAUCCAUCUUUCGCUACCAUGUUUUCUUAGACCUCUCAGAAAGCGGGAGAGAACAAAAAUAUGACAAGGGUUUAAGGAAUGGGUUCUUCUUGGACAACCCAGAACAAUUUUGUUUGUGCUUUUUAAAAUGAAACCACAUGCGAACGGGGUGUCUAGAGGUCAUAAGGGAAAUGGUACUCAAGUUGAAGGGCCAAACUGGCUUAUUUUUGCUGCUGGUGCAUUGUUGAGUACCUUAUCCAUUCGUCUUGGUUACAAGUUGAAGCAGGCACUCGACUCCAAACCGAAGCAGAAUGCAACUGACAUUCAGAAAGGAAAUGGAAAAUCCUCCAGCACAAAGAAAUCGGCAGACUAUUUUUUGCAGACUAAUGGGUAUACCCAAAUGCAAGAUAAUCACGGAUGCUUCACUUGCAUUUCAGGAACUGGUGGUACCAUGGAACUAAAGUGCCCACCAAAUGGACAGAUGCUGAAUGAGUUUGAUGGAGCUCUCCCAUUGGUGACUGUUCCUGCUGCGGCUGUUGCUCCUGAAUUUAGUAAGGAAAAUGGUGCUGUAUGGGCAUGCUCCCCUGAGCAUCAUCUUGAAUUGCCUUCAAAGCCGUUCCACCAUUCAAACUGCUCAGAUUCUCCAUGUGUAUCAGAAUCUGGUUCUGAUAUUUUUAGUAAGCGAGAAGUCAUUCAGAAACUGCGGCAACAGUUGAAGAGAAGAGAUGACAUGAUCCUAGAAAUGCAAGAUCAAAUGGCUGAAUUGCAAAAUUCACUCAACUCCCAGAUGGGGCUUUCUUCACAUUUGCAAAUGCAGCUUGAUGCUACAACCAGGGACUUAUUUGAUUCCGAGAGAGAGAUCCAAAGGCUAAGAAAAGCAAUUGCAGAUCACUGUGUUGGAUAUAUUCCCCAUGACAAAUCUUCCAAAGUGACAACUUCUAUUGAGACUAGAAAUGGUCUUUUAAAUGGGCAUCUUGAUGGAGAGAGUAAUUCUGAGUCCCCUGAAAAACUAAGAGAUGAUGAAGAGAGAGUUGAGUUGCUGAAAAGACAAGUAGGAGAGUUGAAAGAGGUAAUAGAAGGAAAAGAAUACUUGCUUCAGAGCUACAAGGAGCAAAAGACGGAACUUGCUCUG